UUUUUUAUACAUUUAUUUCAGAGAUCUUCGAAAAAUUGUCCCUAAGUAAAAAUUUUCUGCGCGAGUUAUGGAUCAGUGUGCGGAAAACGUCGCAUGCUUCGGGUUGAAGUGAUUGGCCAAUAUUUAAUCCGAUCAAGCUUUAGGGAUUAUUGGAAUAUAUUUGCCAACUUCCCCCGAAUCUUUUUGUUUCCACAGGAAAUUCGAAGCAGUGGGUGAAUCACAGGGCGUAUUUUCCCCUUGAUACAACUCACACAUGGAUUUAAUGAGGCGCGUGACAGCGACGCUCGGAUUGCUUGUUUUGCUUGCCAAUUCGAUUCGAGCCAGACCACAACCUCAUACUUAUCCUGGGGCCUGGUUCUGGCCUCGUCGUGGUUCUCAUUACACCUUUAAUCCCCCUCAUCAUCAUCAUCAUCAUCAUCAUCACAAUCAGCACCAGCACCGCACGGCUCUACCACCUUCUGGAGCUAGCUCUUUGAUCCUCAUGAGACCUCCUAGACAGAAUGAGGACAUGGAGACCCCGGCUCCGAUCGGGAUGGACGAUGAACGCAGCCGGUUUGGGGCAUGGGGCCCCAGGUUCGUGCCAGUGCCCCGCCAAAGCUCCAAUACCUGGUCCACUCGUUGGGUCACAUCUUCUUAUCCUGCCGUCGCAGCAACAUCUCCGGUGCAACUCCAUCAGGCACCCCAACACCCAACCAACCCACAUCAGCACCCGCACCCGCACCACUACCCACAACCCCACCGAUAUUACCAGCACAGGCAACACUACCCACGGAAGCAGCAACACCAGCAGCACCAAUCGCUCCAUCAUCCUCUCAGUGCCAUGUCACUGGGAGUCGCAGCAAAUCCAAAUCAAGCCAAUUUUGGCAGCAAGUCCGAGGUGGAAGAAAGGCUUAUGCAGUCCACACCAGGAACCGUCCUAGUCUUGAAUGAACCGACAACCCCGAAGCCUACG